CGAGUAGAGAGGGGAAAGGUGCCUUUAGGGACUGCCAUCUUCGUGGGCUUGCGAGCAUUCGUUCAUCUGUGGCAAAGGCAACUUCUUCUUCACUCUCCUCUUCCCGAAAUUGCCCUCAGGCUCGGGCUGUCGUCGCCAGCAGCACCGCCGGCUGGUGGCCUUCCUCUCCCGGGAACAGGAAUGACGCCGUAUCCAAGCUUGAUUUGGGCGCUCUCGAUCGGAUCACCAGCCAAACAUGUAAACUGGGCCAGUGUUCAUGGCAAUGUACCCAUAUUACUGGGGCCAGUGGUGGUAAUCGGCCUCCUCAACAACGCCGUUAAAUCCUGGAACACUCUGGCAUUUGACGCACCCAUGUGAAAAGAGGAUAUAUUAUGAUCCUUGGAGUGUCUACAUCGGUACGGGCCUGUUUGUGAUCGGCAUCCUUACCAAUACAGUUGGGGAGAUCCAACGCAAAUGGUACAAGGGCCAUCCCAAGAACGAACGCAAGAUCUAUAGCGGCGGUGUCUUUUCAGUUUUCCGCCCUGCAUCGUCCUUAGGCUGGAAC